AUGGCCGAAACCAUUACAGCCGCCACCAUUUCCCUCUCUCUAAAAUCCUCAACUCGCCAUUCCCAACUCUUACUUUCUUUCACUUCUUUCCCUGUUCUUCGAUUCAACUCUCUCAAUAACCCAAAUUUCCGCUCAUUAGUAGUUUCCUCUUCAAUGAGCAUCGAAUCAACAGCAGCCCCCCAGAAAACCUCAUCAAAAACUUCAUUUCUUGAUCAUAGAGAAGGCAGCAGAUUCCUUCACUUUGUCAAAUACCAUGGCCUCGGAAAUGACUUCAUUUUGGUUGAUAAUAGAGACUCUAGCGAGGCCAAGGUAACACCAGAGCAAGCAGUGAAGUUAUGUGAUAGGAAUUUUGGGAUUGGGGCAGAUGGGGUGAUUUUUGCUUUGCCAGGGAUUAAUGGGACUGAUUAUACAAUGAGGAUAUUUAAUUCUGAUGGGAGUGAGCCGGAGAUGUGUGGUAAUGGGGUGCGGUGUUUUGCGAGGUUUAUUGCUGAGUUGGAGAAUUUACACGGGAAGAAACAGAGUUUUACUGUACAUACUGGUGCUGGUUUGAUUGUUCCCGAAAUUCAAGAAGAUGGGCAAGUUAAGGUUGAUAUGGGCGAGCCGGUGCUUAAAGCAGCUGAUGUGCCGACGAAAUUGGCUGCAAAUAAGCACGAUGCUGUUGUUAAGUCGGAAUUGGCUGUGGAUGGAGUGACUUGGAAUGUGACUUGUGUUAGCAUGGGCAAUCCUCAUUGUGUAACUUUUGGCACCAAAGGAGGGGAGGACUUGCAGGUUGAUGCAUUAAAUUUGGCUCAAAUUGGUCCUAACUUUGAACAUCAUGAUGUGUUCCCAGCCCGAACAAAUACUGAGUUUGUGCAAGUUUAUUCCCCUUCACAUCUCAAAAUGCGUGUAUGGGAGCGUGGGGCAGGAGCAACACUAGCCUGUGGAACUGGGGCUUGUGCAACAGUGGUUGCAGCAGUUCUUGAAGGUCGUGCUGGGAGGAAGUGCACGGUUGAUCUACCUGGAGGCCCACUGGAGAUUGAAUGGAGGGAGGAAGACAACCAUGUGUACAUGACUGGCCCAGCUGAAGUGGUUUUUUAUGGAUCAGUACCUCUAUGA